AUGGAGCACAAGUGUAAAAUCCUUGUGGCCUUCGCUUUCGCGGCCUUCUUAUCCUUGAGCUCGGCGGCUUCCAUCAAGGAAGAUUUUGGCUUUGAGAACUUGGACAAACAUCUCGAUUUGCCACAGACCUUCCGCGAUAAGAGGCAUCAGAGCGAGCAUUUCGAUCUUCUCGCGGCUGAGAAAGAUGCCGCGGGAGAUGAUCUGUCGGAAUCGCUCGACAAGAGGUCGAUCAUGGAAGAGAUCAAGGAGACAAGCCUGGAGCUCGAGAAGGGUGAGGAGAAACGAAGUGCGCACAAGGAGAACAGCGACGCUGAGGAAAAUAUUCAGGUCGACGCAGCUCCAUUCAAAAACGUGCACAACGUUGUCCACGCCUUGUUGUACACGAAGGACCUGGACUUGGUCGAGAAGCUGCAAGAAUUACGAGAGAACUCCACCGAUGCCGACAACAAACUCAACGACAAAUUACUGAAACGUCAUAUCGACGAUGCGUUAUCCGACGGUAUCCUGGGAGCGAACUUCUUCGAAGACGUCCCCUUGGAACGAUUGGACGCGCACUCCUGCGAGGUCGAAGCCUUCGACUUCGGCCACGUGCACCAUUCGGGCUUGCUGAGCCACCAGUUAUUCUGCGAGAUGAGGAUAUUGCACCACUACCUGCUGCACUCCUACCGUCACUUGAAAUCCGAGGUCAGCCUGGGACCUUUGAUCGGCGACGAGUUCAGAGGCGACCUUUUCGGCAGUUUUUACCGCCACACUCCGGAACUGAUCGAGACCAUCAUCAAGGAGCCCCAUCAUCUGCUGUCCUUACCGGGAAUCAUCUGCGACAUCGUGCCGUUCCACGGCAUCUUCCGCGCCAUUCACCGAAUCUUCCACGUCUUGCUGAAGGUGCUGCACUUCGUACACGAGCUGGUUAGAGAACACCUGCACCACAUCUUAGAGCACAUCCUUCUCCAUCAUCACUUGGGCCACCACCUGCUGCGCUUGAUACACCACUUAGGACACUUCCAUUUACUGGAGAUUCUUGGCCUGAAACUUCCGCUGAACGAGGUCGCAGAACCGAUCCUGCCCGCUGUGACCGAACACGAUAGCGAAAUCUACAUCCCAGACUACUACAACUCGUUCGAUGAGAUACUCCAUUCCAUCCGAGGCUUCUACGACGGCUACUUCGCGUCCGGAAUACACGACUUCUUCAAAUCUGACAUAAGCGGCUUAUCCUCGGUCACGUCGACCUCAGCGGUCAGCUCGUUCCUGUCGACGAUACCCUUCUUCAACAACUUCGUGCCGUCCAUCGACGUGGACGCAAUCAGUCCGGUAGUCCACGGCUUCGGUACAUUAUUCGCUCCAGUGAUAGGCGGCCUAGGCUCAGUGAUCAGUCCGGAAGUUGGCUACGGUUCUAUAGGAGAACCCGUCGAGACCGAAACCGUGAGUACUUCCGUGUCCAGCGCAACUAGCGAGGUCGACAUCAACGGUCCAGUAUUGGACAGUCCAAUAUUAGAGGGUCCUAUAGCUGACUACGACUACGGCUAUGACUCUUAUCCAAUAGCUUCUACUGUUGCAACCGAAGCAGUAGCUUCUGCCGCGGCUAGCGCGUCCAGCUCGGCGUCCACCGUCGGCGUAGGCGGCCCGAUAGUAGCGGGAUUCGGUCCUGGCUACGGCUAUGGAUAUGGUCCAGAGUUCAGUCCUCUAGGCUAUGGUUACGGCUAUAACCCUAUUGCAGCCGGUGUUCCCGUCGCAAGCGAAACGGCAACUUCUGCCGCGGCUAGCGCGUCCAGCUCGGCAUCCACCGUCGGCGUAGGCGGCCCGGUAAUAGCGGGCCCAGGGAUCAGUCCUCUAGCUGGCCCCGGCUAUGGUUACGGCUAUAACCCUAUUGCAGCCGGUGUUCCCGUCGCAAGCGAAACGGCAACUUCUGCCGCGGCUAGCGCGUCCAGCUCGGCAUCCACCGUCGGCGUAGGCGGCCCGGUAAUAGCGGGCCCAGGGAUCAGUCCUCUAGCUGGCCCCGGCUAUGGUUACGGCUAUAACCCUAUUGCAGCCGGUGUUCCCGUCGCAAGCGAAACGGCAACUUCUGCCGCGGCUAGCGCGUCCAGCUCGGCAUCCACCGUCGGCGUAGGCGGCCCGGUAAUAGCGGGCCCAGGGAUCAGUCCUCUAGCUGGCCCCGGCUAUGGUUACGGCUAUAACCCUAUUGCAGCCGGUGUUCCCGUCGCAAGCGAAACGGCAACUUCUGCCGCGGCUAGCGCGUCCAGCUCGGCAUCCACCGUCGGCGUAGGCGGCCCGGUAAUAGCGGGCCCAGGGAUCAGUCCUCUAGCUGGCCCCGGCUAUGGUUACGGCUAUAACCCUAUUGCAGCCGGUGUUCCCGUCGCAAGCGAAACGGCAACUUCUGCCGCGGCUAGCGCGUCCAGCUCGGCGUCCACCGUCGGCGUAGGCGGCCCGGUAAUAGCGGGCCCAGGGAUCAGUCCUCUAGCUGGCUACGGCUAUGAUUACGGCUAUAACCCUAUUGCAGCCGGUGUCCCCGUCGCAAGCGAAACGGCAACUUCUGCCGCGGCUAGCGCGUCCAGCUCGGCGUCCACCGUCGGCGUAGGCGGCCCGGUAGCAGCGGGUCCAGGGAUCAGUCCUCUAGCUGGCCCCGGCUAUGGUUACGGCUAUAACCCUAUUGCAGCCGGUGUCCCCGUCGCAAGCGAAACGGCAACUUCUGCCGCGGCUAGCGCGUCCAGCUCGGCGUCCACCGUCGGCGUAGGCGGCCCGGUAGCAGCGGGUCCAGGGAUCAGUCCUCUAGCUGGCUACGGCUAUGGUUACGGCUAUAACCCGAUAGCAGCCGGUGUUCCCGUCGCAAGCGAAACGGCAACUUCUGCCGCGGCUAGCGCGUCCAGCUCGGCGUCCACCGUCGGCGUAGGCGGCCCGGUAGCAGCGGGUCCAGGGGUCAGUCCUCUAGCUGGCUACGGCUAUGGCUAUGGUCCAGGGUUCAGUCCUCUAGCUGGCUACGGCUAUGGUUACGGUUACAACCCUAUCGUAAACCCGGUAGCAGCCGCUGUUCCCGUCGGAACAGUAGCUUCUGCCGCGGCUAGCGCGUCCAGCUCGGCGUCCACCGUCGGCGGCCCAGUAGUAGCGGGUCCAGGGGUCAGUCCUGGCUACGGCUAUGGUUAUGGCCCAGUAGCGCCCAUUGCCCACCCUGUGGAUACCGCUGUCACCAGUUCCUCCGCGUCCAGUUCAUCCACCACCACCACCGUCGUUGAAUCGCAACCAGCGAUCGCUGUCGAAGCACCCAUAGUAGUUCCGGUAGCCGCUCCAGUUUCCAUCUCGGAGACCACGGCGGUGGCGACAGCGAGCUCUGCCGUGGUUGAACCCGCUGUCGUGGAAGCAGUUCCCGAAGUCGUCGACUGCGCACCGGUUCCCACUGCCACCAUAGCUGCCGCGUCCGCCACAGCGUCCGCCUCUUCAGUCUCGGAAGCAAUCCCUGCGCUUCCGUACAACGGCGGCUUCGCGCCCGCCACGACUGCGGCGGCUAGCGCGGCCGCCUCCAGCAGCGCGACCGUCUCCGCGAUCAACGAUGUGGCCGAGCCGCUUCCAUACUCCGGAGUCGCCGACUACCCCAGAUUCUCUCUGAUCUACCCCUAUGGCCAAGGAUUCUACCCUGCGUAUCGGGCUCCCGCCGCAACUGUCUCGUCGACGACCAGCACAGUCAUUACCAAGCGCAACUUCAGCUUCGCCUUGCCCAGGGAAAAGAUCAUCGAUGUCUUAGGCAGCGACUGCAUUGUGCCGGGAGACGUCGUGACCGUCACCUUGAAGAACAAGUCUGUCUUGUACGGUAGCGUGCUGGACGCCAUCAGUCCGAUCAACUUCAGCUUCCUCAGGCCGAAUCUGAGCGGCGCUCGAUACUGGAACAUCCUGCACAGCGACUUCAAGGAUCCCGAAUGCAUCGGGAUAUUCAACGACCCUGCGCUCUUGAACAUCUAUUAG